CGAUUGCAUAGACAGAAACCAACAGAAACGACCGACACUCGACUAUGACCAAGUUCGACUUCGCAUCCUGGCCACCCGCAUUAACCAGAGAGCAGCUCGAGGCACUCACUCUUGCAGCAACGACAUACUCACUCUCCCAUGGCCUCCUAUACCUCCCACCAGCGCCGACCCAGCCGCCAGCGCCGACAAGCGCGAUCCACGCGCCGAUCUCGCUCUUCCCCGCGCCCGUCCCGCGACGGCUGUUUACCGAGGCCGUCGCGCUGCAGUCGGUAUACAAUGUCCUCUACGCGCGCAUCGCGAUGGACACGGAGUUCUUGGAUAGCGUGAUGGGAGCAGAGGUGGGCGUGGGGAGGGCAGACGAGUUCGUCGGAACGCUGUGGAAGGGAUGGAAGGCGAUUCGCGAGGAGGGCGUUGUCCAGCCUUUGCAGCUUGGAUUGUUCCGGUCGGAUUACCUACUUCACACAGAGUCGGAGGGAGGGUCGCUGUCGCUGAAGCAGGUCGAGUUCAACACUAUCUCGUCGUCUUUUGGUACGCUAUCGGAGCGUGCGGCUGCGAUGCAUAGGCACCUCCAUGCGUCGACGGAGUACUACGGCUUAUCAUCACACCUUACCGCGGAUAACUUCCCUUCCAACAACACAACUGCUGGACUCGCAGAGGGCUUAGCUCAGGCACAUCAACACUACGGGGCCUCUGGUUCGCGAAUACUAUUCGUAAUCCAGCCGAACGAGCGCAACGUCUUCGACCAACGUUGGCUCGAGUACGAGCUCCUCAAGACGCACGAUAUCCACAUCAUCCGCCAAACCUUCGCCCAGCUCGCCACUUCCGCCACCCUCUCCUCCCCGGACCGCAAGCUCCUCGUAAACGGCCACGAGAUCUCCACCGUCUACUUCCGCGCUGGCUACGUGCCCACCGACUACCCCGAUCCCUCGUACUACCAAACGCGCUUCCUCCUCGAAAAGAGCCGCGCGAUCAACUGUCCCUCCAUCCCGCUUCAGCUCGCAGGUGGAAAAAAGGUGCAGGAAGCGCUGACGAAACCCGGUGUUCUCGAGCGGUUCCUGUCUGACUCAAAGUGGGGCACGCAGUACAACGACGAGCAGCUGAAGCGCGUCCGCGGAACAUGGAUGGACAUGUGGGCUCUCGACGAAGACGACACGGACGCGCUCAGCUCUGUAUCCGCUCCCUCUCCACCAUCGUCAUCGUCUUCGCCCUCACCCGCAUCCACAUCCUCCACGGAACCAGCGGGCGUCCGUCGCGCCCUCGCCCAGCACGCUUCUCUGGUGCUCAAGCCCCAGCGCGAAGGCGGCGGCAACAACGUGUACAAAUCCUCCAUCCCGCCCUUCCUCGCCACGCUCCCUCCCGCAGAGCGCGAAGCAUGGAUCGCGAUGGCACUGAUCGUCCCGCCCAAAAGCGUAUCUAGCUACCUCGUGCGUGCGGGUGCGGGCGGUACGGAGGGCGCCGUCCGAUCGGAGGUGAUCAGCGAGCUUGGUAUCUUCGGGUGGGCGGUGUUUGGGGGCGGAGAGGUCAAGGGCGAGAAGGAGGUGGGGUGGUUGGUGAGGACGAAGGGGACGGAGAGCGACGAGGGCGGGGUUGCGGCGGGGUUUUCGGUGUUGGAUUCUAUUGUGCUUGUGGAUGAGUAGGGGUGAUGGUUCUGUACAGUGGGUGAUUUGGAUUGUAUGAGGGGUAUCGUGCGGUAGAGAAAAUAGUAUACCAUUCGUUGCUGGAAACCUUUCCAGGACGCAGCUUUUUUGCUUGUCA